UUUACGCCGGCGGCGUGCGGGGCAGGAGAAGCCGGCGCACCGUAGGCGCAGUCGGUCUGUUUUCAGCGACGCGUGGCCGAGCCGUCAUGGCAGACGCUGUAGCGGGCAACGGUCAACUUUACACCCGAGGCUAACAACCAGAAAAACCAGGGGGUGGAAGAGUUUCCAGUGGAGAGAUUAUGUCCGGAGCUCGGUGUUCUGCUGCUGCCGCUGCUGCUGCCGCUGCUGCGGGGAAAAGUUCAUCAGAAGUAGGGACACAGUCACACCAGCGCUGCUAACAUGGCGGAGCGCAGCGGCUGCGAUGUCAACAUUCUUAGCAUCCCAGUGCCCAUUCGUCGUGGCGGCUCAGAGUCCAAUCUGGAUGUGGUGGACAGCGUUGGCAGUGAAGGCGUGGGCCUGGAUUUCUCCAAGGGAGCACUGGGUAUCGACAGCCUGCAGCAGAAAAUCCUAAAGGUGACGGAGCAGAUUAAGGUGGAGCAGGCGGCCCGGGACCAGAAUGUGGCCGAGUACCUGAAGCUGGUGAACAACGCUGACAAGCAGCAGGCGUCGCGGAUCCGCCAGGUCUUCGAGAAGAAGAACCAGAAGUCGGCGCAGAGCAUCGCACGGCUGCAGAGGAAGCUGGAACAGUACCACCGCCGUGCCAAGGACAGCGAGACCAACGGCAAGCACAGCCACAAGGACGGCAAAGAGUCCGGGUCGCAGAGCAAAGAGGGCAGCCUGAAGGACGUCAGCGCCACGGGACGUCACCCGGCGUUGGACAAAGUGAAGACCAUCGGGCCGGGCGUGUCGCUCUCGCCGCCCUUCUUUUUCAACAAGUCGCGGGAGUUCGCGAACCUCAUCCGGAACAAGUUUGGCAGUGCGGACAACAUCGCCCACCUGAAGAGCUCCAUGGAGCACUCGUCGGGGCUGCAGGUGGACAGCGCGGCGAGGGGCCUGAGCGGCAGCGCCACCACAGUGAGCAAGACGGCCAAGUACCAGAGCGACGACGAGUGCUCCACCGCGACGUCGGCAUCCGCAGACUCUAAUGGGAACCCGGCCGGAGGCUCGGGGGCGGGAUCCGGGGGUCCAGGGAGGUCGGACUCGAACGGGCGUCUGACAGAGAUUGUGGAAUUGGUGCGGGAGGUCAGAGAUGCUCAGGGACAGCUGGCCGACGAGAUGGAGGCAAUGAACACGCAGUUCAAACGAGACUAUAGCUACUUCACGCAGGUGCUGCAGGAGGAAAGAUACAGGUAUGAGCGGCUGGAGGACCAGUUAAACGACCUGACAGAGCUUCACCAGAAUGAGACCAGUAAUCUGAAGCAGGAGCUGGCCAGCAUCGAGGAGAAAGUGGCCUACCAGGCCUACGAGAGAGCCAGAGACAUACAGGAAGUGCUGGAGUCGUGUCAGACGCGCGUGUCCAAGCUGGAGCUGCAGCAGCAGCAGCAGCAGCAGACGGUGCAGCUGGAGAACGCCGAUGCCAAAGUGCUGCUGGGCAAGUGCAUCAACAUCAUGCUCGCCAUCGUCACCGUCAUCCUGGUGUGCGUCUCCACGGCGGCCAAGUUCGCCGCGCCGCUGCUGCGCAGCCGCCUCCACCUGGCGCUCACCUGCGUGGGCGUGUCCCUGCUGGCGCUGCUGUGGAAGAACUGGGAACACUUGCAGUGCGCACUGGAGCGGCUGCUGCUGCCGCACUGACGCAGCACACGGACGGAACCGGGACCAAACUUUGUACCAAACCCUGGGUGCAGGUCUAUAGCGGGGCACGUUGUCAUGGCAAUACAGAAACCGAGGGAGCUUACAUGUAGCCUUACACCAGCCGUAGCUCCACAGUCCUGUGGUGAAUGGAUUUAUGGAGUCUGCGAUAAUUCCAACCAACGAGACGCGGACAAGCAGUGAGCAUGUGAGGGAAAAAUCGGACAAAAACACUAUAAAUAAGCUGGAAACUGAUCAGAUCCGAGUCCUUUUAUUGGCUCCUCUGAGUUCACACAACGCAAUUUUUUUAUCGCAACAAGGAUGGACACGUGAUCGUCAGUCUCUGCGUUGACCAAUCGCCUUCAAGCUUUGAUAUUGGCAAAUUUAAGUGUUUUUACUUUGUCUGCAGUCCCAUUAGGACGUCACAGUUGAUCUCAAAAUAAUCGUAAUUGCGAAGAAAUGUCUGUAUUACGUCAAAACCUGAAAAUCUGCCGUGCUGCAUGAGAAAACGUGUUUGUUUGUUUGUUGACGGACUCCGAAAAAAGUGAAAUCAUCUUGAUUUUGAUCAAUAUUUUUAUGAAAAUGAUAAAAUAAUCAAAAAUGAUCAUUUGCACCGAUCACUAAUAAUGCUGCUUUGCGAUAUCUAUCAAAAUAUUCGCAAAUUAGUUUUUCUGAUCGUACGUAGAGCCGUUAACCCUUAAGAGAUACGAGGGACAUUUUGUGCCAUUCAGUUUUCUAUUUUCAAGCCAUUUUGGCUGCGUUGAAUGAAUAUAGGUUAUAAAUCAGAGGAUUUUCAUAUUUGGACAAAAUUGAAAUGUCUUCUCUCACAAAAACCGACACAUUUGUUUGAAAAUAUUGAAAAAAAUGAUUUUUAAUAAAGCUGACAUUUUUGGCCACUAGGGACAAAUGUGUUAGGAUAUUUAAGUUAUCAGGAAAAACUCGACUCAAAGACAAUCGUCACGUAAACAGCAGAACAGAAAUCGUAGCCCAGAUAUUUGUCGUCUUCACGGGAAGCUCUAAACUGUUGGCAGAGAUCGCAGACGACAAUGCCACGAUAAAAGUUCAACGUAGAUCUUAAACUGAGCAAAAAUGAGGCUUCUCCACGUGUGAUUUGGAGACAAGAUUAAAAACACGCUGUGGCUCCACCUGGUGGAAGAUCGUGUAGCGCGCAGAACUCGGAUCAGCGUGACGUCUUUGGCGUGUGUGUGUGUGUGUGUGCGUGUGUGAAAGCAGAUCUGUUUUUAACUUGGUAUGUGCGUCCUUGUCCAUCAGCCAGCUCAACACACACAUCCACUUGAGAUUGAUUUAUAGUGUGUGUGUGUGUGUGAUAUUUAUGACGUCUCUAUCGUCAGUGUCUUGAUAAAAAAGGAAAUCUCUCCGACGUGUGAGAAACACGUUGUUUUCCACUGUGGUUCUGUGUUUGUGUGUCUGUGUGUAACUGUGUAGUGUUUUUAAAGGACAAAUUCAACAUUUUUGGGGGCAGGUAGAUUAGUUUUGUCCCUGUUUUCACGUCUGCAUGAAAAACUAUGAAGCUACGAAACAGUGACGUUGGUGGGAACUUAACGUCGUUCUGACUGAAGAUAAGAGAAUCCAUCUGUCAGCACCAGCUCUUCCUCCUCCCCCACGGCAGCCAUUUUCACGUGUUUUUUACAUUAAAGUCAAGUGAUUAGAUAUGUGUCGCUAACCACUUCACCAAAUUUGGACAAUUACAGAAGUCGCCUAGUGUUUGAAAAAUGAGGUUUAAAUUGUGUAAAAUUCAACGCUGGGGGCGUGUCCUCGUCUACUCGUUUUAGUCGGGACCAAAGUCCACAAACGUCGCUGAAACCACUCGUUUAACAAACAUCUAGAAAAGUGUCAUUUUCCACCAUUUUGUUCACGUUUGUCUUGUUUGUUUAAACUUUACCAAAGAGUGUGAAUAUAUCACGUAUUGAUACCUAAAUAUUAAAGCUGCCGUCUGUGAUUUUCACCUUAGGUGAGGGGGCGGGUCUUUUAGUCGCUCCACAGCUAACACAGCUCCGCCUCUUUUGUGUUAUUGCGACGUUUCUAACUCGUGUGUGUCACAGGCUGCAGCUUUAAUGCGGUGCUGGCGGGUGGAUUUAAAAAAACCCACAAAAUUUUAUAAUUUUUCCAAAAUCAUUCCUUCAAAAUAAAAUGUCUGAUUUCGCUCUUGUCGUGAAAAAACGUUUGUCUCCUUAGUGUAAAAUCUGUUCUACGUUUGUUUUGUUUUUUUGUUGUUUUUUCGGGUGACUUCAGUUUCUUCUAAAAAGUGAUUUUUGUGGAAAUGAACCUUUACUGCGCUCCAAAGACUGCAGUAGCACAGUAACACGAACUGUGACGAAAACGCAGAAAAAGGCAAAACGAUGAGAAGGAGAAGAAGAUGAUCUGAUUUUUUUCCUCCUGGUUUUUAUUCAAAAAUGCUUUUUUAUUUUAUUUUGUUUUAUUUUUUAAUUGAGGUUGAACAGAACAAAUGAACGUGUGUGAGUGUGUGUGUGUGUGAGGCCUUUGUUGUUGUUGUUGCUGCGUUCAGGUUCCCCUGGGACAAAUACAGUCGCUCUGCUCAGACUUCACCACUUGCUGCUGCUGAGAAAACCAGGAAACAGAAAAUCCUUCCAUCACAUUUGCAUGAAUUAUCAUUAAAAAAAAAACAAUGAGAAAAUAAAGACAGACGAGAAAUUUGUCAUUUAUGAGGGAAUUUGCAUCGCGUUUGCUGCAUUCUAUCAAGUCCAUGUUAAAGUAAUGAUUAAUGGGUGACUUCUUCUCUCUAGCGCCACACGCUAGUUGACACUAGGUCACUUUUUGAAGGCGGGAGUUUGCAUUUGUCGUUGGCUGUCAGUCGCACUGGUGUCCACUCAAAUUAUCGUCUAUUUUUUUUAAUUUGGUGAACAGAAUUCACCGAAUUUUUUUAUGUCAUAUUCUGCUGAAGAAGAGCUAAAACUAGUGUUUUAUUUCAAGAGUUAUUAUCGCCCCCUGGUGGCCAACCGAAAAUCCUGUUUUACUUUCAAGGUCUGAGGACAUCGUGUCCCACUUCUUUGGACAUUUUCUUGUAUUUUUGCGUGUUUUUCUCGCAGUUUUUUUCCCACGACGUGACUUGAGCGCAGCAUCGCAAACUAGACGUAAACAAGGAAGUGAACAAUGUAGCUCCACCCACCUGACCCCUGUGAUCACUGUGAUGACGACGAUGAUGAUGAUGAUGAAGGUCGACACAAGACUGAUGCCUUUUCAAUUCUAUUUCUACUGUGUCUCUGCGUGUGCGUGUUCUCAUCCUGCUCCUUCAAAAUAAAACAAAAGAGCCAAAUAUGGAGACUUUAAAGGCA